AUGGCCGACUCAUUCGAGCUCAUCGUAAGCAGGAAACAACCCGUUCUCGUCUCUCCAGCCUCCGAAACUCCAAAAGGUCUUCAUUACCUCUCUAAUCUCGAUCAAAACAUAGCCAUCAUCGUCAAAACAUUCUACUACUUCAAAUCAAACUCAAGAUCCAACGAGGAAUCCGCUGACGUCAUCAAGAAGUCACUCUCCGAGGUUCUUGUUCACUACUAUCCUGCCGCAGGAAGACUCGUAAUCAGUCCCGAAGGAAAGAUCGCAGUGAAUUGCACCGGAGAAGGAGUCGUGGUGGUGGAAGCUGAGGCUAAUUGUGGGAUAGAGAAAAUCAAGAAGGCUAUAUCGGAGAUUGAUCAACCGGAGACUCUUGAAAAGCUGGUUUACGACGUUCCCGGUGCCCGGAAUAUUCUUGAGAUUCCACCGGUGGUUGUUCAGUUCGAAGAAAUCGAUGACAUCUCCGGCACCGGAAAACUCUACUCCGACGAGAAACUCGUCUACAAAUCCUUUCUUUUCGGACCCGAAAAACUCGAGAAGCUCAAGGUCAUGGCAGAGACAAGAUCCACUACUUUCCAAACCCUAACCGGAUUUCUAUGGAGAGCUCGUUGCCAAGCCUUAGGGCUUAAACCAGAGCAACGGAUAAAACUUCUAUUUGCUGCGGAUGGACGGUCAAGAUUUGUUCCGGAACUUCCUAAAGGAUACUCAGGAAACGGGAUCGUGUUCACUUAUUCCGUUACAACGGCAGGUGAAGUGACUUUGAACCCUCUUUCUCAUUCAGUGGGUUUGGUCAAAAGAGCCGUCGAAAUGGUCAACGACGGUUUCAUGAGGUCAGCAAUUGAUUACUUUGAGGUGACACGGGCUAGGCCGAGUCUAACGGCGACGCUUCUGAUCACGUCAUGGGCAAAAUUGUCAUUUCAUACUAAAGAUUUCGGUUGGGGUGAACCGGUUGUGUCAGGACCGGUCGGUUUACCUGAGAAGGAAGUGAUUCUGUUUUUGCCAUGUGGCAGCGACACGAAGAGUAUCAACGUGUUGCUUGGACUUCCUGAUUCGGCUAUGAAGGUUUUUCAAAAUCUUAUGGAUAUAUGA